AUGCCCCGCGAGAUCGUCACCGUCCAGCUAGGGCAAUGCGGGAACCAGAUGGGGGCCGUGUAUUGGCAGCGCCUGUGCGCGGAACAUGGUAUCAGCAGCGAAGGUAUCCUGGAGGAAUGGGCCACCGAAGGAGGAGAUCGAAAGGACGUGUUUUUCUACCAGGCAGAUGAUGAACAUUACAUUCCACGAGCCAUCUUGGUGGAUCUCGAACCUCGAGUGAUCAACAACAUCCUCGCAUCACCGUAUGCGAACCUCUACAAUCCAGAGAAUAUUUUUGUAUCAAAAGAUGGUGGUGGUGCAGGAAACAACUGGGCACAGGGAUACUCGGCUGGAGAACGUAUCUACGAAGAUAUCAUGGAAAUGAUUGACCGCGAAGCAGAAGGCAGCGACUCAUUAGAGGGCUUCAUGGUGAUGCACUCGAUAGCAGGAGGAACAGGCUCAGGCCUAGGCUCUUUCCUCCUCGAACGCCUAAACGACAAAUUCCCGAAGAAACUCAUCCAAACAUACAGCGUCUUCCCAAACGCGCAGGAAGGAGACGUCGUUGUGCAACCCUACAAUUCCCUUCUCGCCCUAAAACGUCUAGUGAAUCAUGCAGACUCUGUGGUCGUGCUUGAUAACGGUGCCUUGGCUAGGAUAUCUGCAGAUCGACUGCACGUGCAAACGCCGUCGUUUGACCAGACUAACCAACUGGUCUCAACCGUAAUUGCCGCAAGCACGCAGACACUUCGAUAUCCCGGUUAUAUGAACAAUGACCUCGUUGGCAUUAUCGCCUCCCUGAUACCCACACCUCGAUGCCACUUCCUUAUGACUUCUUAUACCCCGUUUACUAGCGAUCAAAUUGACAAAGCCAAAACCAUUCGGAGAACAACAGUGCUCGACGUGAUGCGCCGCCUCCUCCAACCAAAGAACCGAAUGGUCCUAACAACACCUAGCAAGACAGCCUGCUACAUCUCUAUUCUGAACAUCAUCCAAGGCGAAGUUGAUCCUACAGACGUCCACCAAUCCCUGCUGCGGAUCCGAGAACGACAACUAGCCAACUUUAUUCCGUGGGGUCCAGCUUCGAUCCAAGUGGCUCUGACAAAGAGGUCACCCUAUGUUACGACUAACCACAGAGUGAGCGGGUUGAUGUUGGCCAACCAUACCAGCGUUGCAUCGCUAUUCAAACGCAUGCUGGAUCAGUUCGACCGACUACGAAAAAGGAACGCUUUCAUUGAACAAUACAAGAAGGAAAAGAUGUUCGCCAAUGGGUUGGAAGAGUUUGACGACGCUCGCGCAACAUGCGACGAGUUGUUAAAGGAAUACAAGGCUUGCGAGAGCCCGGACUACGUUUCAUUUGGUGGCCCAGACGGUGAUCAGUCAUGA